CUCACAUUUGCUUACGAAUACUCUUUUAUAGUUUGACAAAACCCUAUUUCCCUUCAACUCUAAGCAAACAAGUUGCUGUUAUAUCCCUCUCAAUUGAUUUUCUUUUUCCCUUUUUCGUGAAAGGUGAGGCACCAAACACCUAAUUUUUUUUCACUAAUAUCACAUUGCAGGUUACACCUAACUUCGUUUUCUUCUCGGUCCUCUCCAUUAUUAAAGGCCUCUCUUUGUGAAUCUAACACUUGUGCAGCGAAGCACUCCCACAUUUACAUUUUGCAAACAAAACAGGUCACCACUACUGGUAAACAACAUUGAAAAAAUGGAACGAUUACAACACCUCUUGAUCUCAUUGUAUCUGCUUAUUCUCUCCAUCAAUUUAACCACAACCACAGCUCAAUCACCUGCGCCCGCUCCUGCACCACCCGGCCCCACUAAUGUCAUCAAAAUACUCAAAAAGGCUGGCCACUUCAAGACCUUCAUCCGCCUCUUGAAAUCCACUCAAUUGGAUAGCAAUCUAAACUCCCAACUUGGCAACACAAACAAUGGCUUGACCAUCUUUGCUCCAAGCGAUAGUGCAUUUUCAGCCCUUAAAACAGGCACUCUCCGCACCUUAACUGAUCAAGAGAAGGUCGAGUUGAUGCAGUUUCACAUUGUCCCUAUGUUCAUCUCAUCUUCCCAAUUUGAUACCGUGAGUAGCCCUUUAAAAACACACGCUGGAUCUGGUGCUAGGUUUCAGCUUAACGUUACCGCCAGUGGGAACUCCUUGAACAUAUCUACAGGACUUACCAACACCACCAUUUCUGACACUGUAUACACGGACACCAAUCUUGCUAUAUAUCAGGUUGACAAGGUGCUACUUCCUUUGGAUAUAUUUACCCCUAAACCUCCACCACCGGCACCGGCACCGGCACCAAAGCUUAAAGCAGAGUCAGAGAGCCCUGAUGAUGGUGUUUCUAAGAAGGAUAUUUCUAGCGCUGUAAGUUUUAUCAUGUAUCAUGAUACGGUGUUCUUUAUAGUUGGUACUGUUGUUGCAAUAUCGUUUUCUUUGUGACCAGAAAAAGCCUAGGAACCAUGUGAUAAGGACAGCUUGUCCUGGAUUUGGUCCUCGUAGUUGACAUAAGAACUUGUUGCCUGAAAAAGAGUGAAAAAAAGAGCGGGAGUUCUCUAUAUGUUAUUACAGGAAACCUUCGAAAGCUAGAUGCCUCAAGUUGCUGCUUGUCAUAAAGAAAGUUGGUAUCACUUCUAUAAGUUCAUUGAUUUAUUCAAAAUCUCUUUGUCUAGUACUUUCGUUGGUGGUGUGAACGUGGGUGCUGCCAUUGCCAUCUUCUAAACUUUUCUACAAAUGUGAUGAUGUUACACGCUGAAAGAUAAGUUCCAUAUACACUGUUAGGUACGUGUUCAAUCCCCCAGCUGGGAAUCCUUAAUGGUAUGCAAUGAUAGCCUCCCCAAUGCAAUUGCCCACCUAGAGAAACUAAAUUUAGUGGGUUGUUGAUCCUUCUGUUAAAGGUAGUGUCAUGGCUUCACAUGCACGCGCAAAAAAAAACAAGAAAACCCUAAUAUGGACGGCAAGUAUUGAGGA